AUGUCCCGCGGAAGAUCGGAUCGCAGAUAUGCCUGCUGGGUGGCGUUACUACGCUAUGGGCGAGCGCCAUUUCCGCCACCAUGCCGGGGAUCGGGGCAUGCGUUCCGCAGCCCAGUCUCGGAACGACGACCUAAAUCCAUGAACCGUUUCCACCUGACCAGCGGCGCGAAGCACCUUCGACAAGGUCAUCGAGCUGCAGAACCGCAAUCGCUGCAUCGUUCAGCGUUACCGUGUGGCGAAGGCCGCUUUUCAUCAGGUCAGCUGGACGGGUCCAUUCCGUCCGUCAAUAUGGUCCUGUAUCUAGCCGAUCGCACCUCCACUUCUGGCGGCCGUGAACACGGUAAAGAGCAGCGCAAGGCGACCAGACGAAUCUUCCUUCUCCAGCUCGACCGCGAUGACGGCGGGAACGUCUCUGAAAGGCACCGCCGCGAAAUUUCCGCCCUAGGGCGUCUCGCUGAGGCCAUCACGCAGUUCCUUAGCAUCUGGCGCUGGCUCAGAUCGCCACCCCCUUUGCCUUCGCGAGCGAUGGGACCUGCGUCACCCGAACCCGCAGCUUCUGCGCAAGCUCAGGCUUUUCGGUCCACAGGCGACAGCGCCGCAAUCACGUCCGGAGGCCGUAAUGUGGUCGACUCUUUUCGAGCCCAGCUUGGGCACGAUGUGCAUGUCUAA